GGCUCCCCUUCUUAAAUAUUUAUGUAUAUUUUGGACCUAGUUUACAAGCUGACUCUGGUAAAUUUGUCUACUUCGAUAGAUCAUUGCGCUAGAUAAAUAAAAAAUCGGCGAAGGCAAACAACAAGUCAUACACAUAUCCAUGUAGUACGCGCGAGAGCAAUAUCGGCAUUGCGGGUAUAGUAGCGGCACGGAUGGAUUUCCUCAUUACGCCAAUAAGUUACUGAUCGUAUGAUCUCCAUCAAAUAAUUAAGAAAAUUAUAAUUAGAGGUUCAUUUAAAGGAUUAUCUGACGGGAGUCGAUGCGCCGUUCCACUGACGCGAGUAUAGCGGGGAGGCAUUAAAUAAACCUGUUAAACAGCGCACUGGUAUUUUCGGCAGUUUUCUAUUAACCUUGAGUGGUCUCGGGUGUUAACGGCGCAACCUGUAAACGAUCCCCUUUUCAAUUCUUAUGCGACGGUCCCGAUUAAAUUUCCAAUUGAUUACAGAGAGGUGUCUGCACUGGGCGGCGAAGGAUGCUGGUGGGAUUGGGGAGAAUUUCUCGGACUUUUAAAUGUCAUUGAAAUGCAAAGCAAGUGGGAAACGUUUGUUUUUGAGCAGAGUUUCCGAAGAUGCAAAUCCCUGUUUGGAAUAUGACUCUAAUUGGAAUUUAUGUAGCCACGCUUGUUUUUACUUCAGUGGACUCCAUUCGUAGCACCACAGAUAUAGAUCCCUGUCUCUCGGAGCACCACACCAUCAUCGAUGACUUCAGACGGAGUACAAAGUACCGACCGAAGGCGAGCGAGCGAAGACUCUGCGACAAUGACUUGAUCCCUGGGUGGUAUCGCCUUAAGAUUAACGGAACUGACGCCGAUCUACCGACCAAAUGUAUCAAGGUAAAGAGAUGUGGGACCGCAGCUCCCAUUUGGUUGUCAAUGCCGAAAGAUGAAAUGCCAAUCCCAGGGACAACUAAAAGCGGAAGUGCAUGUGUCACGUGGGCCCCGAGAGGAGAGUACCCGGAAUGUUGUCCUAUCAGAUUCCCAGUUGAAGUAAAGAACUGUAUCAAUUUCUUCGUUUACAAGUUAACGAGUACAGGAGGAUGCGAUUUAGCUUAUUGUGCAGAAGUUCCUAAAAAGACGUGCUCAAGAGGACAAGUUUAUAUUCGACAUUUAAAGAAAUGCAUAGACUACAACGCCAGAACCAGCAAGCCUUCACUGCAGGUGAGCGUCUCCAGGAAAAACGUCAUGAUCACGUGUACCUUCCGAGUUCUUAACAAACUGAUUGCGAUGACGUCACCAACAUUCUACAUCGCUUGGUACAGAAAAGAACGAGGGAAUUCCUUGAUUAAGUCUACUUUUACAAGGAAAACAAAAGACUCCAUAGUUAUCGGGGAACAUGCUUUUUCAGGCGAUACCGUAAUCUGUAGCGUAGAGGAGAUUUAUCAGCAGAAAAACAAGAAAAGUAGAAAAAGUCGGCCUUAUUUUAUUGGAAUCAAGCUUUUACGAAAGAAAAUAGUUCUUCGGGAGGACAGACCCGUUACAAAUGUAUCCCUUAUAUCAACAGUGCCAAUCGUGUGUGACAAUAAUGCCAACACGUGUGACAUCACUGUUAGGUUGUCGCUUCAAACACCAGGAGACAUUUCCCCCACCAUCGCCUUUGAGAAGUGCGUCGUACAUUUUGGAAUGGGUUGGAAAUGUAAGAAGAACAUUUGUCAGGAACAAACAUUUCAAGUGGCCAUGUCGCCCAAUCUGAAACAUUUGUCAAAGCAGAAAUUAAUUGUCAAUGGUGACAUUACAACAGCUAACCUUUUGUCCUGGAAACAGAAUAAAGUUAACUUCAAGAUGAAGGUGGUUGACUUCCCCUCCGCUAGCUGCUACGUUCUGAGUGGUUUACAUAUUAUCUCGUUCGCUGGCAGCGUUGAGAAGGUGCAGGAAGAGGGAGUCUUUGUCCUGCUGAGCAGUGAAGAGUCAUCGCUACAGAUUCACGCCCGGACAAUGAGGAAUCCCCAGCACGAUAUGUACAGUCUCUGUGGGCUUGCCAUGCGCUAUGAGGGUGUAACUGUUACUAUAAAUAGAUGUUCCGAUAACCAAUGGAACACGCGCUUUACGCUACAGUACCAAGGCCAACAGCAAAACUCAAGAAUCAACAUAUUUGAAGCUCGCAAUGGAAAACUCUUGACGAUAUACAUACAUGACCUCCUGCAAAUUCGUAUUGACAUUAACUCAUUGGAUAUAUCAGCAUCCGUCCAUGUUUCCGGUUUCUAUAGUAACAGAGUUGAGGGACUAUGCGGAACCGUAGUCCGGAAGAGAAACAAGAAUGCUGUUACUACGGUUACAAAUGGCUAUGGGUUCAAAGUUUGGAGGAUGGAAUUGCAUCAGAGCUUGUUCCACACCUCUUUCUUGGAUUCAUAUGAAGGGAUAAAAACUUCGCACCCUAACUGUCAGUGUUCACUUAACUCAUCUCCAAACACGUGCACGGAGAACAAGAAUAAAAGUGAAUUUUACUCUUUCAUAUACCAGAAGGAUAUUACCUCAGAGUUUUACGUAACAAAAAAGAACCCACUCAUCACCAAAACAUACAACAUAUCCUCUAAACGGGACAUCAGUGAUAAUAGUGUUUCCACGCCAAGUGACGCGAGAGAACAGUGCAAAGAGGUCAUCCGAGAAUCGGACCUUUUCCUCAAAUGUGUUCCUCUGAGAGGAAGAAUUUUGGUGGAUAUUAUUUCUGUGUGUGAGAAAAUCGCAUCCGUGCAAGAUAGAUCCACGUGGAUUCCAAUAGUGCUACGUCUGAUGGAGAGCGUGUGCAAUUUUGCCUAUACAUCUAAUACCUCAUUGUCUGACCAUAAUGUCACAUCUGGCAUUGAUCAGGUUACAAUAAUAAAAGACUUGUUCCGGUGUCCAGAAAACUGUUUCGAACACGGUGUGUGUACUAGAGACGGCUGUGACUGCUACAAGGGGUACUCGGGGGUGGAAUGUCUGAACAAGGCAGUUGUUCCAACAAACGACGGAUCCAGCCAAUCAACCGAAACAAGGACCGUGACCCCUACCCCUACUGACCUCUACGUGACUCCAAGGUCACCAGAGACGACCUAUGUGUCAAUCACAACCUCUACACCUAAAAUAACUCCCAGCACCACCACAACCGCCUCCACAACGACCACAACAACAACCUUGGCAACAACAAUGUCGAAAACAACAACCGAAAAGACAACUACAGCGAGUCCAACGACAACAAUGGCGCCGUCAACUUCUCCACCUACAACCGCCCGUCCCAGGAAUCCUAUAUUUGUGUCCUGUGACACAAGAUCUUCUGGCUGCAAUUUUGUUUACCUAAGAAUACAAUCAAAUCAGUUCCCUGUGUCAUGUCGUGUUACAAACUUGAAGUUCAAGAACAAAGAGUGGAUUCCAUGGCGACCCUCGAUGUUUCCCGCCAUUCGCUAUGUCACUUCGACGCUUGCCGAAUGUCUUCUAAAUUCGUCAAUUAUAAUUCCAGCGGAUGGAGAUCCCGUUUUUAAAGUCGAGGUCCUGGGAGCUGGAGGGGAAGUCCUCUCUGAUAAACUGUUCUCCAGGAUGAAAAAACGAUGUCAGAGUUGUUCGUACUGGAGAGGAUGCCGAACCAGGAGAAAUGUAUGUGUAAUUGAUGGAAAGUGUUACAUGGACCAAGAUAAAAACCCUGCAAACAAAUGCGAAGUUUGCUUGGCUUCGUCCUCCAGUAAUCAGUGGUCACGAAACGAAGAUAACCUUCCGCCGGUUCUUCAAAGAGACCCAUACAAAUUCUCCAUGGUGGAAGGGGACACCAUCAAUGGCAGCAUCCUGGCGUAUGACCCGGAAGGGUCACCCCUGAGGUUCAGCAUCAACAGCACGCGCGCUACCGUGCAGCAGGGAGGUGCGUUCGUGUACAUGACAAACGUAUCCUCGCUCGGAAGAAAAGACUACUUUGAAUACUUUAGAAUAUCUGUGAUGGACGAGUGCAGUUUGCAGUCUUCCAUUGUCAUCAAGGUGGCAGUGAGAUUAUGCAGUUGUCAAAAUAAUGGGAAGUGUGUUAACAAGACCAUAACAAUGCCGAACAAUGACCGCAGUAUUGAAUGUAACUGUCAACAUCCUUACACAGGUUCCCGAUGUGAGAAGUCUCCAGAUUACUGCGCGAGCCGACCGUGUUUUCCCGGGGUGCAAUGCACGAACUUGAAUACCUCCUAUAGCUGCGGUCGCUGCCCCUCUGGAUAUGCUGGAAACGGCGCUAUCUGUAAGCCCUCGUGCAGUUCAUCACCCUGCUUUGAGAACGUUACAUGUAUUGACGAUUUUUAUGGAGAGAGGGGAUUUAGAUGUGGACCGUGUCCCCGAUUUUACCGUGGGGAUGGUGUCAGAUGCAACAGGACAGACGUGGAUAUUUGUAAAUACGGUGUUUGUCCCAGAGAUGGCCAGUGCAAAAACACGGAAAAACCUCCGGGUUAUCUUUGUUUACCAUGUCCAUCGGGUUACCAUGGAGAUGGACAAAAAUGUACAGAUAGAUGUAGAGUAAAUUGUCUUCAUGGCGGCACAUGUGUUGGUGGCAAUAGUUGUAUUUGCAAGCAGGGUUAUGAAGGAAACAUGUGUGAAAGAGAAGUAUGCUCAAUAAAAUGUCUUAAUGGAGGGCGGUGCUACAAGAGAAAUCAGUGUGUCUGUCCCGCUGAAUACACGGGGUAUUACUGCCAGACACCUGUAUGUAGCCCUCCAUGUCAGAACCAGGGCGUAUGUGUGCGCCCGGGCACCUGCUAUUGCCCGUAUGGGUAUUUCGGUUCUUCUUGUGAGAGAGCUAUGUGCUUUCGCAGAUGCAGAUUCUUGUGUCAGCUGAGUUAUAAGAGAUCAACAUGCUGGACCUAUUGUCAAAAUGGAGGACGUUGUGUGUUCAAUUCCUGUCAAUGUAGAAGCGGAUGGUCCGGUCAACAUUGUCAGAUACCUAAAUGUGACACGGGCUGCAUGAAUGGAGGUACUUGUGUAGGGUCAAACCAGUGCAGAUGUACCCCUGGGUACUGGGGCUCCUAUUGUCAACAUGCUUUAUGUUGGCCCCGAUGUCGAUAUGGCGGACAAUGCAUUAGGCCAAACGAAUGCAGAUGUAGACCAAAUUACUCUGGUCGGUAUUGUCAGAUUGUUGAUAACUGAGUUGCGAUGCUGCAAGGGGAACCAUCAACGUUUUGGGUUUACGGGGAUCAUACUAACAUACUCAUUAUUUCCUUGUUUGUUAAUUUUGUUUUAUGUUGUGACUAUUUGCUUGUGUUUUGAGAGAGAGAGAGAGAGAUUAAUGUGUUGUGACUAUUUGCUUAAUUGUGUUUGGAAAGAGAGAAUGAGAGAGAGAGAGAGUUAUUUUGAUUUAUUUAAAAUAAAAAUAGUCUUCGAUA